GGAAGCGCGGGCAGCCGCGGCCGGUGGCGCCGGGAGGCCAGUGCCAUGGCGGGCGACGGGGACCCGCUCCGCGCCCUGCUCCGCGCCGCCAACGCGCUCCUGCAGCAGCAGCGCUACCGCGCCGCGCUCGCCGUCAUCAAAGGCUUCCGCAACGGGGCGGUUUAUGGAGCAAAAAUUCGUGCCCCGCAUGCCCUGGUGAUGACUUUCCUCUUCAAGAGUGGAAGUUUAAGAGAGAAAUUGAAAGCGAUUGCUCAGGCUACGUACACUCACUCCCGGAACCUGGCGUGUUUUGUGUUCACCUACAAGGGGCUGAUGGCCUUGCAGUCCCGGCUCCAGGGCAAAAAAAUUCCAUUUCAUUCUUUCUUUGCAGCCUGCAUUGGGGGUUGGCUAGUGUUUGGUGAGAACAAUCCCAUCAACAGCCAGAUCAUUAUGUACCUGCUGUCUCGGAUCCUGUUUGGCCUGUCCCGGCUGGCAGUGGAAAAGGGCUAUGUCCCACAGCCAAAGCAGGAUCCCUUUCCACUUGUGGCUGCUCUCAUCUGGGGGAUUGUUCUCUGGCUCUUUGAAUACCACCGGCAGACUCUGCAGCCUUCUCUGCAGUCCUCCAUGACCUACCUGUACGACGACAGCAACGUGUGGCAUGACAUUUCUGACUUUCUCAUUUAUAACAAAAGGACAGACAGCAAGUAGGUGCUUCACUGUCAGACACCUUGGAACAGGACAGUACCUGCCAAGCAGCUUAGGGAAAAGGUUAUUCUGUUGCUCUUGCCUGGUGAUUUUAAUUGACAUCCAUCAGGCAGAGUUGCCUCCUGUGUCCUGGCCAAAACGUUCUGAUUACCCUUCUCUGGGCUCUCUUUAGAGCAAGUAAGUACCCCACAGAAACUUGUUACACUCUUUUUCUUAAGAGAGGCCUUAUUUUCCCUACAAGUAUGGCUUGUGAGGGGAUUUUUUAAUUUUUUUAAGAAACUAAAUGUACUUAUGACAGCCUGACACUAAGUGGAGAACACCUAAUCAUGACAAUCUAGAGAUUGUCUGGAGGUUCUUGAGUCAGAAGCAUUUGUCUGUGCUCACUGUAGCGUGGUGGGAGUGAGGGUCCUGCUCAGGUCUGGAAGCAGGGACAUGAUUUCUGUGGAUGGCUCAAAAUCUUAUUUAAACUGUCUCAAGGACAGUUGUGUGUUCCUUAAGGGACUUCCUCUGCAGCUUUCCCUCAGGGAGACAAUAAGAUAUUUGAGAAUAAAACUGUUACAGUUGUCUGGUACAAGCCUGGUAAAUCAGGCUUGGAAGGAGUAUUUUUGCCUGCUUUCUUUCAUGCACUUGGGCUGAAUCUGUCCCCUCCAGAGUGCACUAAUUAAUACAGUGUCAUUAUCUUAAACUUAUUUGUCAAGUUUAUAAAAGCUGCUUGAGCUCAAUACCCAAAACAGUGAAGCAAUGUGGACUCCUUUGAAACCAGGCUGAGGCACUUCCCAUGCCCUCAAGACACCACGCUGGGCACUGCUGCUGUGGAAGUGACACACACACUUCUGUUUUGCUGCAAGAGAAGCACAUGGGUUUCUCUUAGGUCUGGAAUCAUCCCUCCCCAGCAAUGGCAUGUGUUAGCAGUAAUCAAACUUGGAUGUACUUCUGAUUUGUGCAGGCUUCUUGCUGAGCCAGGGUGAGGCCACAGAUGAAGAUACUGGUGAAUCUUCCUCUUAAAACAGCUCUGAGCUCAGGAGCUGCAGCUCACACAGGGCUUUAGCAGAAGAUUGGCCAGGUAGCUGAGAGAGACCAAAAACUAUUCAAAAUUAAUCAAUUCAAACUGUUAGAAGUGCAAAGCACUGGCCCAGCCAUGUAACACUACACCAUCCAUUUAAUGAUGUACAUUAAAAUAAUUCCUGGUGCACUGUGUUUAUGUGGUGAUACUCAGAAAAGAUUUGUUAAGUUCCCUGUGCUAAGGGUUGUUUUUUUAGCUCAGUCUGGAUGAUUCUGUUUGCUUUCCCUGUACUCAUCUGCUUUCCCAUCCUGACCUGACCAUGUCCUGUCAUGCUAUAAUGUACUGGUACUGUUCUUCAUCCUCUUUUGGAGUCUCUUUACACUCCAGGCUCCAGCAAUUUGUCAUAUUCAGUGGUAUGACUGAAGAAGCACAUUUAAGUUCAGGUAGCCUCUGAGUAGAAGUAAUUUUUCCUUGUCCUCCUAAGCUCUUUUAUUACUGUUAUGCUUACUCGGGUGCUGCUUUGCUCUUUAUUUUCCACUCCCUGUCAGCAAGAAGGAGAGUUAAAUGUUCCCCUACCCACAGCCUGUCUGGUACUGCAAUGUUUGGCAUUGAAUUGCAUCCUGCGUGGCUCAGGAGGAGCAGGAACAGAGUCCUCUGGCUCUUGAGCUGCAUCUAUGGCUCAGUCCAACUACAGUCUCUGUGACAGAUCACGAACAGCAUCACAGAAUCUCAAGGGUUGGGAGGGACCUGGGAAGCUCAUCCAGUGCAACCCCCCUGCCAGAGCAGCACCACCUAGAGCAGGGCACACAGGAACUCAUCCAGCUGGGUUUGGAAUGUCUCCAGAGAAGGAGCCUCCACAGCCCAUCUGGGCAGCCCCUGCCAGUGCUCCCUCACCUCAACAGAGAACAAAUUCCUCCUUGUGUUUCUUUGGAACCUCUUUUGUUCCAGCUUGUCCCCAUUGCCCCUUGUCCUGUCAUUGGCCAUCACUGAGCACAGCCUGGCUCCAGCCUCCUCACACCCACCCUUGAUGGAUUUGUAACCAUGAAUGAGGUAACCCCUUAGGCUCCUCCAAGCUGCAGAGCCCCAGCUCUCUCAGCCUGUCAUCACAGGGAGCUGCUUCACUUGCUUCAUCAUCUUUGUGGCCCUGUGCUGAACCCUUUCCAGCAGCUCCCUGUCCUUGAACUGAGGGGCCCAGAGCUGGACACAAUAUUCCAGAUGCAAAGGGACUGGAUUAGUCCUUUCAGCCCCCAUCUAUGAUGUGCUUGUGUUUGGUGUCCCAAAGGCAAGGUAGUGCUUUGCCAUAGCAACUAUCCAUGGCACCUGUAACUUGCCUUCAGCUGCCAUUACAGCCUGCUUGAGUUUGAACACAAUCAGGAUUUAAUCAGACCAACCCCAGGGAAGCUACAGAAGUGAGGAACUGGGUUUGUUUCUCUGUAAUUCAGUAUUUUGUGUGGUGUAGAUAAGCUUAAAAAUUCAAAUAUUGAAAAAAUAGUGAAGCUACAGGUGAGGUCUGAUUUCCCUAUGAACUUGUGUCUGGGGGUGGACUGGAUGAUCUCUGGAGGUCUCUUCCAACCCCUCCCAUUCUGUGAUUCACACCGCUGCUGGGCAGCUGAUGCAGCAUGAGUGCAGCACUCUAUUUUCCUGUCAGAAGCCUCAAUAAGAAUGCUGGUGUUCUGCUAAUAUUGCUGAAUCCCUGUCAGCUUGGAUGGGAUUUCAGAAAGCCCUUCCAUGAUCUGACAGCCAUGGCUUGAGAAGCUCUCCCUAAAACUAUUACACUCACAAAUCCUUGAGCGUGUCUAAUUAUUGCAGCAAAGGAUGGGGCAGGCAGCCUGUGGGAGCUGUGUGGCUCUGAGGACUUGGGAAUCUUUUGAAUUCAGAGCUGGCAGCCCUUCCUCUGAGAAAGGGAGUCACAAGCCUUAGAGGCAAAAGAAUUUUCUCCUGCUAGGAGAAAAGCAACUGUGUGGCUGCUUGUCAAUCCCCUCUCUGGCCAUGUGAAGGACAAAAGUGGUCUGGCCUGUCAUACUCACACUACCAAAGUACCUCUGGCCUCUCUAGAUGGCAAACACAAGCUGAUAGUAUCAGCCUGGCAGCAGUGGCCAUCAGUCUUUGGUUCAAAUCACCCUUUUCCUCUUGGCAAUUCAUCACCAACCUGACUUUGAAAGCAAACUGUGCCUGAGCCUGCAGCCAUCUGUACUCCUGACCCAGGAGGCAGCUGCUGCUGCUGGAGACACGCUGCAGCUCAGCCCAGCAGCGGCUCCUUCCCUCCCAGGCACCAUUCGCAGACGGUUGGUUUUGCUGCUGUGCUGGGACAGGACGUUAAGCUGCAAGUCCCUUCUUUCCCCAGGGAAGUAAUUGGAACAGUUCUUUAAUGACCUUGGUCCCUGUUGCUGUUUCUGUGACCAGAUAGCUGGGGAUGAGCCCCUUCUGCUACCAAGGUGUUGGAACAAUGCGGGCGUGUAGUAGGGAAGUGAACCAGAAGUAAUUUGUCUGAGUCAGGAUACAUCUUACAAUCUCUGCCCUCCCCCAGCUCAUUGUGUGGGCAAUUCAGUCCCUUGUUUGUGCUCCUUUAUUUCUUUUGGUUUUAAUGCUAAUAAAAAAGAGGCAGUUGGGAAGCCACCUGCAAAGCAGCCAAAUGCUCAGGCACCACAAAGAAGGGCCAUUGCCCCACCCCCAGCCCUGACCCAGUGGGAAUUUCAAGAUGAACGUGGGUUUGGUUGUAUUUGCACUCGUUUCUUCCUCAGCACCUGUCCCUCAGAUGCUGAGAGUGUCUCAAUGCUUAGCUCAGUUUGUCAAAAAUUAGGACUACUUGAUAAAAACCGAAGGGUCCAUGUGACAAUGGUGCUGCUCCUUGGGACGUGAAACCUCUUUCAGAGGCUGUUGUAAAGGUUAAUGAAUCAAAACUGAUCAGAAGUUUGCAGCAAGCCUUGAAUAGCAGACUGACUCUACUGAGCUAUUAAUCAUUUAUUUUCUGAAGGAACAAAGCAAGCUCUGGGUUCUUUACUGCCUCUGCAUGCAGCCCCAGCAUACCCACUGUGCUUCCCUCCUCUCUGGAGGACCUGUGUGCCAGUGCUGCCUGUCAGGGCGGCACAAGGACCCUUUCCGGGACAAGUGCAUUAUUGAACAAAGGUGAACGUUCAAUGGGUGGAUGACAUUUGGUUUUGCUACAGUUUUGUGUCCUGUGUUUGAUCCUUGCAGUCAAAGGGAGGAGGUUUCUGAGAGAAAAGCUGUGCCUGUGCAAUUAGUGCCCCAGAGAAGUGCUCAGGGCGGUUGUGGCUGCUGGAAGGUGCGAACCUGCGCUGCAGGUGAUGGCCUGCUCUGUCCCGGGUCUGGGCAGUAACCACCACUGUUUGGGACAGUUGGUGAGGUGGAGAGGCUGCAGAACAGCUUAGAUAUGGGUGCUGUGAGGCUUUUUUGCCCUGAUAGAGGAAUUAAAGCUCUGCUUUAAACCGAGACAGGCAGCAGGUAGCAGCGUGGGAACGAUCUGACACAUCAGAGGCUGAGCUGCCAUUCAGUGAGAUCUGGACAGGCUGAGAAUUGGGCAGAGGAACCUCAUGAGCUUCAACAAGGGAAAGGGCAGAGUCCUGCAGCUGGGAAGGAAAAACCCCAUGCACCAGGACAGGCUGGGGGUGACCUGCUGGAGAGCAGCUCCAGAAGAGAGACCUGGGAGUGCUGGUUGAUAAACUAAACAUGAGCAGCAAAGUGCCCUCGUGGGCAAGAAGCCAAUGGCAUCCUGGGGACGUCAAGAAGAGUGAGCAGUAGGUCAAGGGAGGUUCUCCUCCUCCUCUACUCUGCCCUGGUGAGGCCUCAUCUGGAGUCCUGUGUCCAGUUCUGGGCUCCCCAGCUCAAGAGAGACAGGGAACUGCUGGAGAGAGGCCAGUGCAGGGCCACCAAGAUGCUGAGGGGAUGGAACAUGUGUGUGAGGAGGAAAGGCAGCAGCCUGGAGAAGAGAAGGCUGAGGGAGGAUCUCAUCAACACUUACAACUAUUUGAAAGGUGUUUGUCAAGAGGAUAGGGCAGCACUUUUUUUUUCUGUUGUCUCCACUGACAAGACAAGGGGUAAUGGACAAAAGCUGGAACAUAAAAAGUUCCACUUAAACACAAGGGAAAUCUUCACUAUAAGAAUGAGGGAGCCCUGGCCCAGGCUGCCCAGGGAGGGUGUGGAGGCUCCUUCUCAGGAGGUUUCCAAACCCACCUGGACACGUUCCUGUGCCCCCUGAGCCAAGGGAACCUGCUUUAGCAGGGAGUUGGGCUGGAUGAGCUCUGCAGGACCCUUCCAACCCCCACCAUGCUGGGAUUCUGUGAUCCCUGCCUGCCGAAGUAGACCAAAGCCAGCUGUCCAUGGGGACUCCUGUGAUGACAGAGGGGCAUCCCAGAGCACACUCAGCUCUGCAGACAGUUGGGAGCCAUCACAGUAACCAGAGCCCUGUGCAUAUGGCCUCACCCAGGAGAAACUGCUCUGACUCAAACUCUAUUUUGCUGCAUGAGCACAAACGUGACCUUUGGCUACUAACCCAAGCCAUGUGCUGUUCCCUGUGCAUCAGGUGGUGUUUAUAUUCCUGGGUCAUGCAAAUCCAAGCAGGAUGGGUUCAGUGUUCUGAUGCUGGUUUUGAAAUCCAGCAGGUAAGGAAGGAGACAAAAUAAGGAGUAGUUCUCUGCAACCUGCUGUCUGUCUGCCACUGUUAAUGUUUCAGGGGUCCUAAUCUUCAGUUUUAACCCAAUGUGUUCAUUCCAGCUUGCUGGAGGAGGUCACUUGUUUUGCUUUACUUAGAAGAAGUUUUAUGUGUCAUUUCCUUAUGAAACUGGUGAUAGGGAAGAGGAAAAGCAAGCUGAAUGCUUUAUAAUACAAGUUUUAUUACUUUGGUACGUACUUUGUGUUCAGAAUUGCUGUGUUAUCCAGGCCCUGAUUUUCUGACAGUGUAAAAUAAAGGAGAAGAACCUGAGUAACUUGUAAUUAGGCUGAUCAGAAUGCUUGGAGGAAUAUCUCAGUCUCUGGGUUUGAAACAUGUGAAAGAGGUGGCAGUGGGUUGUUGAAGUCAUCCUGUCCACCAUGAAUUGACUUGUACAGUUGGUGUAGUAGAGGAAUCCAAGACUUUCUGCCAAAUCCCUCUGCAGGGUGUUUCUGUACAACCACUCCUACACUAUUCUAACACUGUGCUUUCUAGAAUAACAAUAAAAACCUACUUUGGGGGGAUUCUUUUUUACUGUCAUAAUUAAACUGAAACACAUGAAGUAAU